AUGGAGCUUGUGUCUGUGUAUUGCUUUGGAGAGCAGUUGCCAAAUCCAGAUCUAGUUCGAAAAUUUAUUGGCUACGUGAUCAAGGAUGAAAAUGAAACUGAAGAUUUUACACCUUUUGAUGGACAAGGAAUUGAUGUCACGCCUGUUAUCAGAUCUUAUAUUUUACAGCAACUUCUAACAAUAAAGGAGAG